GUGAGAUCAUCGCGCCCUGGCCGUAUGCGCGCGCACACGCAUCGUGGGCCUCGACGCGAGGGGUCACGUAGAAGUAUCUGCGAACCGGAGACCGCCAGGGUUUGGUCACUAGGAAAGCCCCACCUCACCCUUUCUAAAAAUGCCCCGGAAAUGCCUUCGCCCUCAAUAAAGAUGGCCGUACCACGUGGCAUGUGGGAGGCGGGUCUGCGCCUGCGCAACAAGUUCGGCGGGGAAGAUGGCGGAUGACAAGGAUUCUCUGCCCAAGCUUAAGGACCUGGCAUUUCUCAAGAACCAGCUGGAGCACCUGCAGCGGCGUGUAGAAGAUGAAGUCAACAGUGGCGUGGGACAGGAUGGCUCGCUGUUGUCCUCUCCAUUCCUCAAGGGAUUCCUGGCUGGCUAUGUGGUGGCCAAACUGAGGGCAUCAGCAGUGUUGGGCUUUGCCGUGGGCACCUGCACUGGCAUCUACGCAGCUCAGGCAUAUGCCGUGCCCAACGUGGAGAAGACAUUGAGGGACUAUUUGCGGUCACUGCGCAAGGGGCCCGACUAGCUUUGGAUGCCAUGGGGGAGGCAGGAUGAGCAGCUGGGGCCUGCAGGUGGAGGUCUUUCAACCACAGACAUUCUAUCUGGCUUCCCCAGCUAUCAUCCAUUUGCUGUCUCCAGCUUUUCCUGCCACAUUCAUCCUUGCUUCCUUUCCUGCAGA